UGUGCCCAUCCCUCCCUGCAGGUACCGGUCACUGUCUCUCCCUUGAGGUGCCCGUCUCUCCCUGCAGUCACCCCAGGAGGGGCUUGUGCCCAUCUCCCCCACCAUCUGGUGUCCCCUGCCACCCCCCAGCCAUGGCCUUUGGAGACCUCCUGGAGAAAGUGGGCAGUGCAGGUCCCUUCCAGCUCCUCUGUGUCCUGCUGCUCACUGCGCCUGCCCUCCUCAUUGCCAGCCACAACCUGGUGCAGAACUUCAGUGCCGCCUCCCCUGAGCACCAGUGCCGCCCUCUGCCACCAGGCACCAACGCCAGCUGGGUGGGCAACACCACUGCAGCUCAUGGGGUGCUCUCCCUGGUCCCGAGCCCAGAGCAGCGCUGUCGCUUGGUAGGCACCCGUGGGCAGCAUCCAAGACCCAACGGUUCGCUGGGCAGGGCAGGCGAGACAGAGCCCUGCCAGGACGGGUGGUACUACGACCGCAGCACCUUCUCCUCCACCAUCGUCACUGAGUGGGAUCUGGUGUGUGAUCUGGGUCCCCUCCCGGCGCUGGCGCAGACGCUGUUCAUGGCAGGGGUGCUGCUUGGAGCCCUCCUUUUCGGAGUCUUCUCGGACAGGUUUGGGAGGCGGGUCAUCUUGCUGUGUUCUCUGCUGUUGGUGGCUGUCAUGGGAACCGGGGCUGCCUUGUCCUCAGACUUCCUCACCUAUUGCGCCUUCCGCCUGCUGAGCGGGGUUGGUCUGUCUGGCUUCCUCCUCAACUACAUCUGCCUCAGUCUGGAAUGGGUCCCCACCAAGUCCCGCGCCCUGGUGGUGACAUGGCUGAGUUACUGCAGCACGGCAGGCCAGGUGGUGCUGGCUGGUCUGGCCUACGGCAUCCGGGACUGGCGCUGGCUGCAGCUGGCCAUUUCCAUCCCCUUCUUCAUCUUCUUCCUCUGUGCCUGGUGGAUCCCAGAGUCUGCACGCUGGCUCAUCGUCAACCACAGGCCUGCAAUGGCGCUGAGCAACCUGCAACGGGUGGCCCGGAUCAACCGGAAGCAGCUGGGUGGGGACAGCAUCUCCCUGGAGAUGUUGGAGAAGGUUGGGGGCAGCCCCACUGGGAAAAGCACCUGCUCCUGCCUUCACCUCUUCCGCACACCGGCCAUGAGACGCAUCUCCUGCUGCCUCAUGAGUGUCAGCAGCUUCUCUACCAACCUGGCCUACUUCGGGCUCUCCAUGGACCUGCCGGCCUUUGGCCUGGACAUCUUCCUGGUGCAGACGUUCUUCGGGGCCAUUGACAUCCUGGCCAAGAUGGCCUGUGCCCUGGCCCUGAGCUACUUUGGACGCCGAGCCAUCCAGGCCAGCUCCCUCAUCCUGGCCGGUGUCUUUCUCCUGGGGAACAUCCCUGUACCCAGAGAGAUGCUGAUGGUGCGACUGGCUCUGGUGGUGCUGGGAAAAGGAUGCCUGGCUGCCUCCUCUGUCUGCUCCUACCUGUAUGGGGGAGAGCUCUUUCCAACUGCUGUCAGGCAGACAGGCACUGGCUUCACCACUGUGAUGGCUCGUCUGGGCGGCAUGGUGGCCCCGGUGGUGCUGGUGGCCGGGCAGCAAUUUCCCUUCCUGCCGCUGGUGAUAUUCGGAGUGGCUCCCGUCAUGUCCGGCAUCGCCGCCUGCUUCCUGCCAGAGAUGCACAACGUCCCGCUGCUGGACACCAUAGAAGAAGUGGAGAACAGAGCCAGGAGGAAAGGCGAGGAGGCGAUCGCCGGGGAGACCAUGGCUCACAUUGUCCACUCAACCAGGAUCUGAGCAGCCUUCCCCACCCCCAGAGACCCCAGUCCUGGCCCCCCCAGUGCACAGUUGCAGGCUGCACCAAAGGGCCCACGUGAAGGAAGGAGGCACCUGCUGCUCCCUUUGCAACUUAGGAAUCAGCCCCCUCAAAGAGACAGGGCAAAUGCGGGGGUGGGGGAUUCUGAGUUGUGCCACUGAGCUGCCCCCUAGUGGGGGACCCUCCACUACACAAGCUGGCAGCCUGUGGGGCAUGGACAGAUCAGGGAGACACCUCCCCGAACAACAUUGCCAAAUGUGACUGUACCGGCUCCCCUUGCUGGUGUAUAUUGGCCUGACACUCGCCCCGCCCUCCAGCCAGGUGGGGCUUUAAACUGUCUCCUGUGGAUGGUGUGUAUUGGCCUGACACCUACUCCUCCUCUGGCCUGGUGGGACUGUGAACUGGCUCCCUCUGGUGGUGUGUUUUGGUCUGACACCCACCCCUCCUCCGGCCUGGUGGGACUGUGAAUUGGUUCCUCCUGGUGGUGUAUAUUGGCCUGACACCCGCCCCGCCCUCUGGGCUGGCAGGGCCGUCAACUGGCUCCUCCCAGUGGGCUCCUUCCUUCAGCCUGGUGGGGCUGUGAACUGGCUCCCUCUGGUGGUGUAUAUUGGCCUGACACCCACCCCUCCCUCCAGCCAGGUGGGGCUUUAAACUGUCUCCUGUGGGUGGUGUGUAUUGGCCUGACACCUACCCCUCCUCUGGCCUGGUGGGGCUGUGAACUGGUGGUGUAUAUUGGCCUGACAUCCACCCCUCUAAAGUGACCCUCCCUACUGGGGGAGGGGAGCUCCGCAUCGGUGGCCCAGCCAGCCAGCAAUGAUGGUUCAUGAGAUGCAGGUUUCUGUCCUACUGUGAGCUGAGACCCAGCCAACAGAUUUCAUAGCUGCUGAUGAGUCACUACCAAGCUGGGCUUGGAUUGGAUCCUGUGGCCGAACUGAUGCUCUGACCCCCUUUGGGGCAAAUUGAGCAGAGUGGGGAGAAGGGCUUGGGGGCUCUGAAGGUGUCAAGGGCUCCCCAUUAGGUGCAGGGAGCUGGGGGGAAGCUAGGCAGCUCAGCAAGGCUGUACAGGAGGUGGGGUAGCUGGAUCCAAACUGUAACAUUCAUCAAUGGGGCUGGAGUUUGGAGUGACCCUUCUGUAUUGGGUAUGAGCCCCCAGGCAGCAGGGACAGGAUGUGUGUGUGUGUGGGGGGGUGCCUAGGUGAGAUUUCCUGCACCUGUUCCUGUGGCCUUCUGUACAUUUUGUAAAUGUACUAAGAAAUGUACUCAGCCACACUAAGAAAUUUCCCUUGCUCCAUGUCUCUGAUCCCUGCACACCAACCACCCCAUGCAGUCAGGGCUGGAGCUUCUCUGGAAACAGUGGCGGGGGCAUGUUUCUCCCUCCAGAAAGUGUUGAUAUUUUCAGCAAAAAUCUAAGCAUUUUGAUUCUGAAAUGCCACUGCAGUGCCUCAUGGGAGAUGUAGUUUGGCAGCCUCCUGCUCCUGUCUUCUCUGCGAGAUGGGUGCCCUGGCCAGACUACAUCUCCCAUGAUGCACCAUGGACUUCCCUCUUGUAGAUGGGAGGGGAAUGCAUCUUGGGAAUCCCUGACUGGUGCAUCAUGGGUGAUGUAAUUUGGGUGCAUCAUACACCCAUUCUCCUCUAGGCUGGGCUCCCAGGAUAGAUUGUAUUUUCCCAUGACGCACCACACUCUUCCCCACAUGGGGAUGAUGGGGGUCAGAGGCAGGAAGGCUCCUGCAGGGGUGCUGGGGACCAUGUACAUAGCAGGUUCCACACCCUAAAGAAGCUGCCUCAAGUGCUGGCUACUAGCAGAAGGGGGAUGCGCGUCUGGCGAUAUGAGAACCCCCGUGUUACCCCUGUGCUGUGGUAGGAUAAUAGAUCCCCUAGGGGGAAGGCUGGAAGGGACAAUCUAGCCCUGGAUUCCAGGUGAGUCUCCUGUUCUGGUCAUCCCAGACAGUAAUCACCAAUCUAUGUAGGAUGGCAGGACUGCCAAGAGGUGGUGGAUGGUGUAGGGCUAGAGAGGGGUAGAUUGGGGGUACCCCAGGGAUGGGUGGUUGGAGAGGCAGAGAUGGGUGCCCCAGUGGCUGGGGUGGGGCAAAGAAGAGGGAUGUGCAGUGAUAGAUCAACAGACCCACAGUUUAGGCUGUAGGGGGAUGUGAGAAGUGCUUGUGGGUCUUAUCCAGGGUGAUUUUAGAUCAGAGGUCGGCAACCUUUUGGAAGUGGUGUGCCCAGUCUUCAUUUAUUCUCUCUAAUUUAAGGUUUUGCGUGCCAGUAAUACAUUUUAACAU